AUGCCUCUCAAAUCCGACAUCGUCUUUGACGCAGCGAAGUUCGACCCCGCCAAUUAUUCUGAACAGGCAAACAACUUCAACAAAAACCUCAUUGCACUCUCAGCAAAGAAUCCAAACUGGUGGGAUGUUUGUCUACCCCAACGUUCGAAGGUUGGGGCCGUCAAGUACCGGGAGAUGCAAUCGCGCGGCGAGCUAGCAGGGCCUCCUCCACCUGUGCUUCCCCAGGGCAUCAAUUUCAAGAUCCCCUCUCGGGAUUCCGGAAGGGACAUACCGUGUCGAAUCAUGUACCCGUCGAGCCGCGAAAGCGAGGAAGACCGUCGACACUGCAAGGGAACAAUAAUGCAUAUACAUGGAGGCGGCUGGGUGAUAGGAGAUGAAUCAUCUUACGACACAUUGAUUCAAUUCUAUGCCAACGUCGGAGACCUGGCUGUUUUGUCCGUUGGGUACAGACUUGCACCCGAAAACCCAUUUCCUAAAGGCCCAGAGGAUUGCCAAGACGUGGCCGAAUAUCUCGUCAAGAAUUCCGAGAAAGAGUAUGGGGGACCGUUAAGGUUUAUUGGUGGCGAGUCUGCCGGCGGCCACCUUUCGCUCCUAACAACCUUCCACCUCCUAAAAACCUUCCCCACUUUCACCCUCGCAGGCCUCCUUCUCCAUUUCGGCGCCUACGACCUCUCCCACCUCCCCCUAUACUACAACAUGACCGAUGCCCCGAUUAUCCCGCAGAUCGUGUCCAAACACUUCAUCGAUGCUUUCCUCCCCAACAUGUCGCUAGAGCAGCGCAACGACCCUUCAGUAUCACCAAUGUACGAAGACCUCGCACCAUUCCGGGGGCGCCUGCCCAGCGCACUGUUCACAUGUGGGACGGUGGAUCCAUUGCUAGAUGAUAGUGUAUUUAUGGGGACGAGAUGGACGAUGUAUGGCGGGGAGACGUAUAUUAAGAUUUAUACAGGGGCUCCGCAUGCGUUUGUUGUGUUCCCAAGGGAGAUGUUGAAGGAGGCAGGGGAAGGGAUACAGGAUACAAAGGAGUAUAUUGAGUUGUGUAUGGCGAGAGUCUAA